CGGGAAGUUUUCCGGGUGUAAACACCGCGGUGUUGAGGGUCUGUCAGUGAACGGGACGCUUUAGCACCUGUUUUCCGCGCUUGUCUGCUCGACCACCCUGCUGAGAGGUCCCGGUUCGCUGACGUACUCUCGGUUUUAGGUGUUUAAAGCGGUUAAAGACGCUAAGCCGGUAGUGUUUGUGUGCUAAGGCGUCCGUUAGGGCUUAUAGGACCGUGCUAAUCGGUUAGCAUCAGCGCCAUGGCUGAUAGGCUCUCGGACGCUGGUGAUCUGAGUGAAGAAGAGGAGGAGGAGGAGGAGGAGGAGGAGGAUGUUUUGACACCGGCUGAGCUGAUCGCCCGGCUGGAGGAGGCGUGGCUCAAUGAGAAAUUCUCCCCUGAGCUUCUGGAAAACAAGUCCGAAUUGGUGGAGUGUGUGAUGGAGCAACUCAUGCACAUGGAGGAGAAUCUGCAGCGCGUCAGGAAAGGAGACCUAAAGGCCAGCGUCCACCGCAUGGAGAUAGACCGUAUCCGCUUUGUCCUAAGCAGCUACCUCCGCUCUCGACUGCAGAAGAUAGAGAAGUUUUUCCCUCACGUAUUGGAGAAAGAGAAGUCUCGGGCAGAUGGUGAUCCAUCCUUUCUCUCUCCUGAGGAGUUUGCCUUUGCUAAAGAGUACCUGGCUAAUACAGAAGUUUACCUGAAGGCUGUAGCUCUGAGACAUAUGCCUCCAAAUCUGCAGAGUAUUGAUAUGCUGAAAGCAGUUCCUGAACCCUGUCUGGACUCAUUUGUUUUUCUGCGAGUGAAGGAGAGGCAGGAGAACAUUCUGGUGGAGCCUGAGACGGACGAACAGAGGGAGUAUGUAGUAGACUUGGAGGAGGGCUCCCAACACUUGAUGCGUUAUCGCACUAUAGCACCUCUAGUGGCCAGUGGUGCUGUGCAACUUAUCUAGAUGGGCUCGAAGACCGGGAAGAAAGCUGACAGAUGUUUCUCCUUCCUCUGUGGUGGUUCUCCAUUCAUUCUCUGUGUUCUUUUUUCCUUUGUACUGUGUUGUGUCAUGCAGAUUGGCACAUUUGGGUCAGAAAGAGUUCCAGUUAAGGUUCAGCAGCUGCUUGUAAUUAUGCCUAUUUAGUUUGGACAACUAGGCCUGUUGUUGAGGGGCAAAAUUCCUGCUCCAAAUCUGUAUUUAUGCUGGGCUAUUUCUGCCUGUGAACAAGGCCAUCCUUAAAAACAUACAGUAAUGAGAAAUAGAAGUGGCAGUGGCUUUGUUCCACUUUGCAAUGCUGUACUGUAAGUAUUACGGUCAUGUACAUGUACCUACCAUUAUAACCCAUUUUCACCCUCACUGCUAACACAGUAUUGCUCUUUGAUAGUAACAGUUGCCUGUUUUUAUAGUGUAAAGACUUUCACGUUUACUAUGAAUUUGUCUUAGAACUUACAAAACAUAAUGAUCUCUAUAAAAAAAUCAAUUAUAAUAAUAAUAAAUAGAAUGCUGGCGUUGUUAUUGUAGUUAGUGCUUAAUGCUUUCUAGUCAAAACAGGAAUAAAGUACAGGUUCUUCAUUUUCAGUAGAUAUUUCUGGGGCGAUUAGAUGUUCGAUACUCCACUUGCAUAAGAAAGAGGAAAAUAAAAAACAGUGCAAAAACAGGAGUUUCCUAAAACUGGAGCUCAAAUAUGACUUAAAGAAACAAAGAAAAUGGGACUUUAAUAAAGAUGCAAGACCUGGU